AUGUUCGCCUCCAACAGGUUGUCCGGCGCCGUCGCCCGUGUGGCCACCAAGCAGCCCUCCCGCAUGCUUUCCACGUCCCAGGCCCGCGUCCCCAGCUCUCUCAUCGCCCGCAAGGCCGUGAUCAACAAUGGCCUCCUCCUCAACAGCAGCCGUGCCACUCUUGCCUCGAGCAUGAUGCGCAGCGCCGUCCAGUCUCGCGGCAUCGUCGUUGAGUCGACCACCGCUGCCAUCGUCGCCGCUGCCAAGAUGCACGGUGCUGGUUUCGCGACCGUCGGUCUCGCUGGUGCUGGUGUCGGUAUUGGCAACGUCUUCGCUGCCCUCAUCACUGGUGUCGCCCGCAACCCUGCGCUCAAGGGUCAACUCUUCUCGUACGCCAUUCUUGGUUUCGCCUUCGCCGAAGCUACCGGCCUGUUCGCCCUCAUGGUUGCCUUCCUCCUCCUCUACGCCUACUAA